CUCCUGGCGACUCCCGGGACGCGGCGGCAGCGCUGGCUCCGCGGCCGCUGCCAUGAGCGCCCCGCAGCCCCGUAUUCUUGAAACCUACAACAGUCUAACAGACAAACACCUGGUUGGAUAUUUCAGCAAUGCCAGGAUAAGACGACAUCUUCAGAAAUCAGGACUGAUCUCGAGGAGUGGAAGAAUAAUACCUGAGAAGGAAUAUCGCCUCAAUGCCAUAAGGAGGGACCACCAGAGACACGUCCAGGAGUGCUUGGCUGAUGCCAUUUACCAUAAGGUCCUUGACAUUGAGCAUCAUCGUCAGCUGGGGGUGAACAGGAGACUUGAUUGUUCUGCAGGGAAAGGGAAGGUGCAGCCAGUCAAGAUGGAAGGAUUAAUGGGAGAAGUGUCCUACAUAUACUCCCCCCACCCCCCGGUGGCCCCCAGGAACCACCACACGCUCUGUCCCUUGGUGUCAGGAGAACGAACCGGUCGCUCGCAACGGAGGGGACCCAGACUGAGACUGGAUUAUGGUGAUGGGCGUUAUUAUUACCGAUCCAAGGAGCCUGCCAUCUCGAAGGUGAGUUCCUUGUGACCAAAUGCAGCUCCAGGAAAUGCACAGCCCCCUCGCCUCCAGCCCCUUCUUGGCGGGGCUGCAGCAGGGUCUGUAUCAAAGGCUGCCAAACAGAAGUGCCAUGCACUGGAACAUUAUCAGCAAUUUGCCUGUGGGGGGCAGAGCAGUGAGCCAAGGUUUAGGCCUCCAGUGCAGAACAUGGCUUGUUUGUCACCGUACCAGCCCACCAAGCGUCGUCGCCGUGUGGCGCCGGUGCCACCGCCCCGCCCGCACGUGGGGGACAGGUGCAUCCCUGGGAUCAGACGUGGGCUGCCCGUGGAGAGGUGGUUCCAUCCCACCACUGCAUUCAAUGAACAGUUUUUGAUCAAUAAUACCAAUGGGUUCCCCAAGUCCCCAUUAUGCAGCAACGCCUUGGUCACCAUGAUCUACCUAGGGAAGAGUAAGCAUGUGUCCCUCCGUGACCACAAGGAUGAAAUCAAAGUCUAUCAGCAAUACUGUGGAACAGAAAACAUCUGUGUCUAUAAAGGCGACCUGUUGGAAGGAGAUACCUUCCAGUUCAUCUCUAAGAGGUACCUGGGUUACCCGUUCAGCCUCACCUUUUAUCUCAACGGGCUCCAAGUUGACAGGCUGAGCUGUUGCUGUGAGUACAGAGGCUUCCAGAGUAAGAGGCCGUCCCGGCUGCGACGCAAAAACACCUACUUCAGGGUGCUCCAUGUGGCAGGAGCACCUCCUUGCUACAGGUGCUUCCUUGCCAUGGGUCUGGACAAAAAGCUGUACCCCCCCAAGAGGAAGAUGAAGGUGCCCACGCGGUCGCACAUGUGCUCCUGCUCUCCCUACUGCGCGCACAGCCUGCCCUGCGACAGCAGCAGCGCGCUGCAGAAAUCCAUCCAGGGCUCCGUGUCCCUCACCAUGCCCAGCCAGGAGGAAAGCGUGGACACCAUCGACGUAACGCUGGACUCUGAAGAGGAGUGCUGCGAAGAAGAGGAGUGCUGCGAAGAAGAGGAGUACUGCGAAGAAGAGGAAUUUGAAGAAGAAGAAGUAGAAGAAGAAGGAGUAGAAGAAGAAGGAGUAGAAGAAGAAGUUGAAGAAGGAGGAGUAGAAGAAGAAGCAGAAGUAGAAACAAUAGACCAAUCUCUUGUGGAGACCGAAGGCACCACUCAGGGAACCACCAGUGAAAGUGAAUAUGAUGAAGAUUUUGAAGCAGAUGAAGAAGUUAAUGAAGAGGGACAGACUGGUGAUCAAAUGAAUGGAAUGUCAAAGUCAUCCUCAGAUGAUAAAAACCAUAAUUUAGACUAUGGAAAGGAGAGUGAAACCUCAUCUCAGAAGGCACUGCAGGCCUCUGACAGUGAGAAAGAUAAAAGUGGCAGAUAUUCUGAUGACAGGGACUCUGAAGAUGAUCUACCAGAGAGAAGGCCUGCAGACUCUCUCUCAUCCAUGAGCACUCAGUGCAGCACUGAGACUGACUCUCAGGCUGAAAUGAAGGCAGACCACGUGAAUUGCAAAGAGGACUGCAAUAUCAAAAGUACAUCUGAUAAUGCAGCACAUGCACACUAUGGAAAUGAGAAUGGGGAGAAGAGACUGCUCAGAGUGGAGGGAAAUCAGGAGAAUUCUGCACUGGAAACGAAAGGAAUAGAUGAAGCAAAAAAGACAAAACCAGAAGAUCUAACAGCAAGGGAAGAUACUAGAAUUUUUUAUGAAAACAUAAUGGCAAUUCAGCAUCAAAAUCCUGAGGUUAAUGGGGAAUUCAAACAGACUGGGUCAGGAGGAAGUGAGAUGAAUGAGGAGGAGGAAUGUCCUCCAAUGCCUUGGGAAAGCAGGGUGUUGAGCAUGGAGGAUGGCAACCAGGAGUGUCCUUGGAGUGGGGAAGGAGGUGUUUCUGAAGACUGCAAACCAGUCCAGGAGGAAAUAGCAAAAGCAACCAGAAAGGAUCAUCCUGUGAGUUCUGACCCUGAGUCUGGUGAUUUAUGUGCCAACGAGGAAGAAAAGAACACAGCAAAUACAGAGUGUGGUGCCAGAGGAGCACCGGAUGGAAGGUUCCCGGCAGGAGGGAGGAGACGCCUGGAUGUGCAGGAGGCAGCAGGACAGGCGGUGCGAGCAGGGGAGGUGACAGAGCCGGGACAAGCCCUGGAGCAGGACGGGGCUGCUGAGGGAGAAGCUGGCAGCGGAAAGGCUGCAGGAAAAGCUGCUAAGGCGGGGGAUGCUCUGUCCCAGGGAGGCACGGGGGAUGCGCUGGAGGAAUCCGCACCUGAGGAGGGCACUGUGGCAUGGGAACAGCCCAAAGAAAAGGGGACAGGGGAGGCAGAGGAGCUGGGCACAGAGGGGUCACCUGGGGAGCAGGAGGUGCUGGUGGAGGGGAUGGACAGAGAGGUGGCACUGCGAAAGGCAGCAGCUGGGGCACUGCCAGGAUGGGAGGCAGACAGAGCCGUGCCCCAGGGGCAGGACGGGGCUGGGGGCACCAGUGAGGAGGAGGCUGCAGAAGAAGGCCUCGAAGGAGCAGUAGGGCUGGCAGCAGAGGAGGAGGUGGGUGAGCCAGGGUCAGAGGCAGGGGAGUCUCUGGGGCAGGGAGGGUCUGCAGGGAAGGACACGGUGGUGGGUGCUGUGUCAGAGGGAGAGGAGCCUGUGGAGGAUGCUGAUGCGGCAGCAGAUGGGAAUGCCAGAGCCGCGGGCCCUGAAGGAAAAAAGGCUGUUAAAGAAGACUUUUCUGAAGGGGAGGAGGCUAUGAGGAAGCCUGGGGUUCUCUGGGAAGCACUAGGGGAUAUGGAAACAGGAGAAGCAAUGCCUGGAGGAGAAGGGUUUGUGAAGCCAAGUCAGUUUUCCCAGCUGAAAGUGUCAGAGGAAGAGUGGAUGGAGAUGGGGAAAGCUGUCCCAGGAGCUGCAGCAGCACUUGAGAGUGCUCAGGCUCUCCAGAGAGUGGAAGACAUGAUGGAAGAGUCUGUGGAGCCUGACAAGGGUCCUGUACUGGAAGUGGCACCUGGGUUAGGGGCACUGGGGGCUGCUCGGGGGGAUCCUGUCACUGAAGGAUCAUCACAGGUGGAGGAGACUCUGGCAGUGCAGGAGGAGGAGGAGGGUGCAGCAGAAGCACUUUGGAGUGGAAACCCAUCUGAGGGCAGCAAAGCAGAGACAGAGAGAGCAGUGGAAGGAAAACCCGAAGGAGAGGCGGUGGGAGGGUCUGCAGGGGCGGCCGGAGCGGGCUCGGGGGAGGAAGAGGAGACCACAGCUGGAGCAGCAGGUUCAAAGGAGCCGGCAGCUGGGACAGAGGGGUGGCUGAGGUGUGGGCAAGUGAGAGGGAAGGGGGUGGUGGGCGAGGCGGCGGGGCUGUGCGGGACCCGGGCAGGGGAGCCCGGGCUGGUGGCCAUCGCUGUGCUGGGCGGCCAGGCCGGGCCAGGAGCCCUGCCCGGGGGGCCGGCAGUGCCCGGGGCGGGCGGGGUGGGCACAGGGGCGAUGGCACAGGAGGGGGUGACAGGAGCAGCGCUGGGGGCACGGAGCGGGGCAGGGGCAGAGCUGGUGUCAGCCACGGCAGGGGCGGCGGGCGGGGAGCCUGGGGGGGCCGGGGAAGGGCUGGCCGGGGCACCUGCGGCUGCUGGGCGAGCGGGGCAGCGGGGGGCGGCAGGAGGGGGCGAGGCACGGGGAGCGGGGCCGGCCGGAGCCCAGGGCCCGGAGCAGGAGCCGGGCGCAGAGGAGCCGCUCGGGCCCCCAGGGCACCGAGAGGGGCUCGGAGCAGGGGCACCGGGGGCACAGCCCGCUGCAGAGAGCGCCCCGAGCACCCUGGGCCCCGGGCACGGGGGAGUGGCACCGAGGGGGAGAGGAGGGUCCGCGGGAGGCGAGGGGCCGUCCGGCACCCAGCCACAGCCGGCGGCUCCAGGGACAGGCAGGGAGCGGGGCGAGCACGGGCGGCAGGAGGAGGGCAUGGAGCAGGCGGGAGGGGAAGGGGGCGAGCAGCCGAGUGCCCGUGAGAACCCGAGAGAGGGCGAGGUGGCCGAUGUCGCGGCGAGUGCCGGGGAGCAGAGGAAGCACAGUGCCGUCGGAGGGAGCCCAGGGGUCCCGGCAGCCGCUGACGUGGGCGGGAGCCGCAGCCCCCGUCAGGUGAGUCCUGCCAGGGGCAGCCACUGCCCCCGGCAGUGCCCGGCUGAUUCCUGUCAGAGACGGAUCCACCCCCUCGUCCCAUUCCUUAUCCUUUCCUUAAAUGCCUGCUGA